AGUGGCACCGUAAGCGGCGCUAGUGAGCUUUUCAGUCCCCGGAAGGGAAGAACCGAAAAGAAGAGAGCGACGAGUGUUUUGGUACAUAGUGAUUAAAACCAAGUGUAGCAAAAUGUCCGGUUCAAACGUGAACUAUAUGAAGAAAGUUGUGGAGCAGCUGCGCUAUGAAGCCAGCAUACACAGGGUGAAGGUGUCCCAAGCUGCUACAGACCUUCAGCAGUUCUGCGUACAGAAUGAGAAUCAGGACCCUUUGUUGACUGGGGUGUCUUCCAGCACCAACCCCUUCAGACCGCAGAAAGUGUGUUCAUUCUUAUAAACCAUUAGGAAUUUUAACAUUAUUUUUAUCAUUGGUUUUGGCAAAUACUGUUCUAUUCUAAACUCUGAAGUACAUAAAGCAUCAGGAAUUCAUCCAGUCUGGUUAUUAACCAGAGCCAAUAUCUGAACACGUGUGUGUUUUGUUUUGUUUUUUUUAUAUAUAAACUUCAAGCAAUUUUGACAGUUAUGUGCCUUUAAAUACACCUACCUCUGUCUACUGCUUUGUUGUCUAUGCAUGCUAAGGAAUGUGUGUUCACGUUCACAGUUGAUGAAGACCACAAUCAUAUGAAUACUGUUUAUUU